UAUAGAACAAACAACUACAAUAAAACUGUUACGAUCCCAAAUUGCAUACUAUACAGAUUAUCAACAAUCUGAUUUAGAGACGCACUCUCUCUCCUCCUUUUUCUGUCUCAAUUUUCUAACUUUUAAUUUUCUCCAACGAUCGAUCUUUCGAACACCCUCUUCUAUGUAUUUCCAAAAUCAAUUCAUCUGAUAAAUUUCCCGAUCUCACAUUUCUAGGGUUUUCUCCAUGAUUAAAAUUGAGUGAAUUAGGGUUAUCUUGGAGGUUGAGUUUUGCGUUUAGGGUUUGUAUGAGGCUUUGGUGUUGUCUUCCAUGCUUCGUCGGCGACGAUAAAGAUUGUUAUUUCAUGGAAAGUGAGAAAAACGGUGAGAAUGAUCCUGAAUUUGAGAAUUUGAACGAUUUGGAGGAAAUUAAAGAAGAUGAUGAAAAAGUUACAGAGAAAUCGGAAACAGUGUGCUCUUUAGGUUUAACUGGUAGUGGGACGAGUAUUGGGGGUUCGAAGAGAGAUCUUGAGGGUUUUGUCGUUGAGAGAGAAAAAAGUGCUUUUGAGUCAUUGGAACUCUCAGUUGGUGGUAGUAGUAGUCAGCGUUUGGGUUGUGAUACUGAAUUUGUUCCUCCUUUAGGAGGUAAUGUGGUUGAUUACGGCCAGCCGUCAUUGAUUGGUGGGGAAGAGGAUUCUGAUUGUGAUUUGCAGCAUAAGCGUGCGAAAGUCGAGUCUAGUUUUGAAUGCCAUUAUUCAACAGAAGGACCUUCUCGUACCAAUAAUAACAAUUUUGAUGCACUUCGAAGCUAUCCUAUUGCUCCAAAUUGUUUUGUAUGUUCAAAGAAUAAAAUUCAAGACAUAAUGGCUCCUGUAGAUGAUUUUGUAAAUUUUGAUAAAGAUGGAGAUUUUAUUGAGGGUCAUGCUGAUUCUUCAGACAUAGACGACUUGGGCGUCCCAUUAGAUCUCUCAGAUGAUUUGUUGCAUAUGGUUUUCUCCUUCCUAGGCCAUGCACACCUUUGCACAGCUGCUAUGGUGUGCAAGCAGUGGCGAGUUGCUAGUACCCAUGAAAAUUUUUGGCGUUCUUUGGAUUUUGAAGAUCGAAACAUCACUGUGGCGCAAUUGGAAGAUAUUUGUCAUCGAUAUCCAAGGGCUACUGAAGUGAAUCUUUGCGGCAAUCGUGACAUGCACAUGCUUGUCACGAGAGCAGUUGCUUUGUUGAGAAACCUUGUUGCUUUGACCUUGGGUAGAGGACAACUCGGUGAAGCAUUUUUCAAUAAUCUGUCUGAUUGUCCAUUGUUGACACAGUUGGUGGUUUGUGAUGCUGCCCUUGGAAAUGGUGUACAAGAGAUAUCUAUUAACCAUGACAGGUUGCAGCAUCUUCAAGUUACUAAAUGCCGUGUACUUCGCGUGUCUGUAAGGUGUCCAAAACUUGUGACUUUAUCUUUUAAGCGUACUAACAUGGCGCAUGUGGUUCUUAAUUGCCCACUUUUGCUUAAUCUUGAUAUUGGCUCUUGUCACAAGCUUCCUGAUGCGGCAAUACGCUCUGCUGUCGUGUCAUGUCCCCUUUUAGAGAAUCUGGACAUGUCAUGCUGCUCAUGUGUCAGUGAUGAAACACUUCGUGAAAUAUCUCAAGCUUGUCCAAACCUACGUGAACUCAAUGCAUCAUACUGUCCUAACAUUUCCCUUGAGGCUGUGAAGAUGCAGUUAUUAACCGUUCUGAAGCUUGAGAGUUGUGAGGGCAUAACUUCUGCCUCAAUGACUGCAAUAGCUUUGAGUAACUUGUUGGAGGUGUUGGAACUUGACUUUUGCAACUUAUUGACAUCUGUUUCCUUAGAGCUCCCUCACCUGCGUAAUCUAAGUCUGGUGCAUUGUCGCAAAUUUGUAGAAUUAAAUCUACGUUGCUUUAUGCUGUCAUCUCUGAAUGUAUCUAAUUGUCCUUUGCUUCACCGUAUUAGCAUUACUUCACAUGCACUUAAUAAACUAUCCUUGCAUAAACAAGAAAGCUUGAUAUCCCUGUCGUUGCAAUGCGAAUAUCUUGAAGAAGUGGAUCUUUCAGAUUGCGAGUCUUUGACAAAUUCAGUAUGUGAUGUCUUCAGUGAUGGAGGUGGAUGCCCUAUGCUGAAAUCACUAAAACUUGAUAACUGUGAGAAUCUGACUGCAGUUAGACUACACAGUACUUCUGUUGUCAGCCUCUCUCUGGCUGGUUGCCGUGGUAUCACUACCCUCACUCUUGAAUGUCCUUUCCUUGAUCAAGUUCGCUUAGAUGGUUGUGAUCACCUUGAAAGAGUGUCAUUUCUCCCGGUUGGUAUGCGAUCGUUAAACCUUGGCAUCUGUCCAAAGCUGAGUGCUCUCCAUAUUGAUGCACCUCACAUGACUGGUCUCGAGUUGAAAGGUUGUGGUGCAUUAUCUGAAGCCUCCAUCAAUUGCCCGCUUUUAACAUCCCUGGAUGCCUCAUUUUGCAGUCAGCUCACAGAUGAAUGCUUGUCCGCAACAACUAUUUCAUGUCCCCUCAUUGAUAAGUUGAUCUUGAUGUCCUGCCCCUCUGUUGGUUCAGAUGGUCUUUCUUCUUUACGUUGGCUUAACAAUCUCACGUAUCUUGAUUUGUCGUACACCUUCUUGAUGGAUUUACAACCAGUUUUCAGUUCCUGCUUGCGCCUCACGGUCUUGAAGCUGCAAGCAUGCAAAUAUCUGAAUGAUUCCUCACUUGAGGCUCUCUAUAAGGAAGGUGCUUUGCCUUCCCUACGUGAGUUGGACUUAUCAUAUGGGACUCUCUGCCAAUCUUCAAUUGAAGAGCUGUUAGUCUAUUGCACGCAUCUGACCCACGUGAGUCUGAAUGGCUGCAUGCAUAUGCAUGAUCUUGACUGGGGAUUCACGGAGUUGACAAGCUAUCAAGCUUCUGGCCUUCCUUCUAGUCAACAUGUGAAUGAGCCUAUUGUGCAGCCUCAUCGCUCACUCGAGAACCUUAAUUGUGUUGGUUGCCCAAAUAUCAAGAGAGUCCACAUACCAUUAAUUGCUCGGUGUAUGCAUCUUUCGUCAUUGAACCUCUCUCUAUCCCAGAAUUUGAAGGUGGUGGAUGUUGCUUGUUCUGAUUUGUGCUUCCUGAACUUGAGUAAUUGUUACUCAUUGGAAAUUUUAAAGCUGGAUUGUCCAAAAUUGACCAGCUUAUUUCUCCAGUCCUGCAAUAUUGACGAGGAGGCUGUGGAAUCUGCAAUAGCGGAAUGUAGGAUUCUUGAAACUCUUGAUGUCCGCUUUUGCCCCAAGUUCUCUUCAGUGGCCGCCAACAAAUUCCGGGCUAUAUAUCCUAGCUUGAAACGGGUCUUCUUUGGUAGUAGGUAACUAGUGAUUAUAUUAAUAUUGCGAGGUGCCCUACAGCAGGUCCUAUUGCAUGGUGUGCGACAAGUGAAAUGGCCUUGUCCCCUGCGUUAUCGUUUGGUUUGGGUAGCUUAGAAAAGCUAUUUUUUCGCCUUGUCCUUGUAGUAACAAUAUCAUUUUUUCUAUAGUUCAUUUUUUGUAAAAUCAAUCAAAUGGGGCUGGUUCGAGGGGAUCUCCCCUCUUGUUGUCGGCUGAUCCGGUUGAGGCCAAUUGCUUAUUUGUUAUGAGUUUGUUCUGCCUGUUUCUAUGAGGCAUAGCUGUCAUAAAUAUUGUGAUAAUUUAAUGGACAAUAUUUGGAAAUAUAUAAAGUCUGUCCUUUCACUUAAGGGCAUCUGCUA